ACUUGGGUUUCAGUUGAUUAUCCAGCUCAUUUCCGCAACAUGUCCCCACGUUGUGAACAACUACGAGUAUCCUCGUUGAGGUAGACUUCUCAGGUGCAAAGGAAAUGGUGGGGCAGGAGGCAUUCACAUUCACCUGACUAUUAUUUGCUUGACUAUAUCGCAAAGACCAUGAGAGAAUCGGAAUGUUUGUACUCCGCGCUGCUGCUUCAGUGACUUUACACCGACAAUUUUAGUGUUACGUGCACUGUGUCCCGAUCGUUUUUAAUAAAUACGCUUAACGAUUUAACAGUCAUUGGUAGUCCCACUAGGAAUAAUAACCCAGUUCUAACCAAUGUUCCGUGCUGUGUGUAUAUUGAUCUGAUAAGAUCAUCCUUGUUUUCAAAAUAACCAAAUACAAACUGACGAGAUGAUGAUUGUAUGCUUUAAGUCGUCCAAUGAACAGUUAUUGAUUUGACCAACAUGCUACUCAACGGCUCUGGCGAUUCCACAGAUAUGGAUUCUUCGGUAGAAAACCAUGAUAUGCUGGAAGCUGACAGUCUUGGAAUCGCUGGGAGGGUUGCCGACCUAGAAAAGAAAGUUAUGGAGCAGGGGGAAGAGUUGAUGUAUCUGAAGUCGACGUUAUCAGAGGCCCUAAAGAGGCUUUCAUUCCUCGAAGGACCAAAGGUACACUACCAGAAUUCAUCGCCUAAAAUUUCUUCGAUGGGAACACCCAAAGAAGUCUUCAGGCUGAGGGCUCCAGAUUUUUCUCCUUCUCAUGCUACCGAUAAUAGUAAAGCUAGACCAUCGUCCAUGGAUUCUCCUCGAAGGGUAUACAAUUCAUGUCUACCACAGAGAAGAGCAGUCCACUACCAAUCUACAGGAAGUUUGCACAGCGACAGCCAAAGUUCGAGUAGCGUUUCACCAAGUCCUUCUCCAUCACCGUCCAUUCCUUUACCAACAAAAAAAAUGUCACCCAUGCGACAGAGCCCGGGAAAUAGAACCAACUUGAACGGCAGCCAAUUGCACAAACGCUGGAGUUCCACAGGAGAUUUUAAUCAGAAUACAGCUACGUCACCAUUAGGAUUGCAAUCGAAGUUUACCAAUAAAUCAUUCCUGAAUCUGUAUACGAAAAGUAAUCAGUUUCCCAAUCCUAUGAAACAUGGGACCAGGGAAAUAACAUACAAUGAGGAGUUCAGUUGUUUAACCAUGUACCUGAGGAGCAAGCCGAUCAGUCUCUAUCCACCUUCAGAUCUUUCAGAUAAUUUUAAGCUGACUAAAGUUAAUACAGCGCCACACCAAAGACUGAAAUUAGAUUGGGUCUACGGCUAUAGAGGAAAAGACUGCAGAUCAAACUUAUAUUCUCUACCUACUGGGGAAAUUAUUUAUUUCGUUGCAUGCGUUGUUGUGUUAUAUAAUGUUGAAGAACAAUGCCAGAGGCAUUACGUUGGUCAUACAGAUGAAAUUAAAAGCUUAGCUAUCCAUCCAAACAAAAUGUUUGUAGCAACAGGGCAGUGUGGAAAUCACGAGAGGAGAGACUCUAGACCUCAUAUAAGGAUUUGGAAUUCUAUUUCCUUACACACACAAGUAAUCAUAGGUAUGAAUUACUUUGAAGUAUCCGUAUGCUGUCUUUCAUUCAGUAAGGGCGAUGGAGGUUCAUAUUUAGCAGCCGUGGAUGAUAUAUCAGAACACAUCAUUUCAGUAUGGGAUUGGCAGAAAGGUGAAAGUGGAUAUAGAAUAACCGAAACUAAGUGUUCUGUUGAUACCAUCAUUUCUGUUGAUUUCCAUCCAUUGGAGCGUGAUGUAAUAGUGACUGCUGGUAAAUCACAUAUUGCAUUUUGGUCGCUGGAUGUAAACGGAGUUCUUCAUAAAAGAUUGGGUUCAUUCGAAUCCAGAGAUAAGCCAAAGUAUGUUACUAGUAUAGCUUUCCUGCAAACUGGGGAAACAAUAAGUGGAGACUCAAAUGGAAAUUUAGCCAUUUGGGGACGAGGUACGAAUACCAUAUUGAAAUUAUCGAAAAAUAUUCAUGACGGUGCCAUUUUUUCAAUUUGUGUUACAAGAGAUGGAUGUAUUAUAACCGGAGGCGGCAAAGAUGGUAGAAUUUUGAAGUUCGAUUCCAGACUUCAAAAAUUAGGAUUCGAUAAUCAAAUAGAAGGACAUUUUGGGGGUAUAAGAGUAAUCUCAGAAGGAUGGAGUAACCAACUCCUCAUCGGAACAACAAAAAAUUGCAUACUGUGUGGUACCUGCGAAACGGGUUUCCAACCAAUCAUUCUGGGUCACACAGAUGAACUUUGGGGUCUUGCUUCACAUCCGAAUUUACCACAGUUUGUCACUGCUGGCCACGAUAGGGUUCUUCAACUCUGGGACUCAUUGUCGCACAGUAUUUUAUGGAGUAAAGAUAUUGGAGAACAAGUGCAUUCGUUGUGCUUUUCUCCCAAUGGUACGUAUAUCUUCGUUGGUUGUUGUUCAGGAAGAUGGAUGGUUUUCCAUUCACAAACCAGAGAUAUGCUGUGGAGGGCCAACGAUGGUAACGAAAUAAUAACUGUGAUUCAAUUCUCUCCCAAUGGCAAGCUGUUCGCUCUGGGAUCCAACGAUAAUAAUAUUUACAUCUACCAAGUCACAGACGGUGGUUUAAAAUAUAGUAGGAUCGGGAGAUGUACUGGUCAUACGAGCCCGGUUUGUUUUCUGGAUUGGUGUGAGGACAAUGUAACCCUCAGAAGUAACUCAGCAGAUCAUGAAGUUCUUCAUUGGAACACGAGUACAUGUAGGCAGAUAACGCAGAUAUCCGAUUUUCGUGAUGCCAAGUGGGUGACAAACAACUGUACAGUCACAUUCAAUACAGUUGGAAUUUGGCCUGAAAACGCGGAAGGUGGAAAUACCAACUGUUGUGAUCGCAGUCAUGAUCAGGAAUUACUGGUUACUGGAGAUGAUCUAGGGAAGGUCAAGAUUUAUAAUUAUCCAGUCAACCAACCUAAGUCCCUCUGCCACGUUUAUGGAGGACAUAGCAGCCAUAUAACCGGAGUCAGAUUUCUGCAUCAAGAUAGAAUUAUCGUAUCAAUUGGAGGAAGGGAUACAGCAGUAUUCCAAUGGAGAGUGUCAUAAAUAAUUUUUACCGUUUAUAUCUUUUACUUGUUUCAUGAAGAAUGUGUUGUAUAUUUUUGAUAUUCAUUCGAUGAAAAUGUAGAUACGUAUUUUAAUUUUUCUAUGUCGUCAGAACUAUUGUUACACUAUGAUGAAGUAAAAUUUUUUUU